CAGAGAAGGUAAUUUGGGGCUUUUUGUUGAAAGAGGAGGGUUAUCCAUUUGUGAUAAAGCCCAAGACAGUUUGUGUUCUAGGGAUUAAAUAACCCUGGCCUGACUCAUUUUUGUCACUGCCCAUCAAAAACCAGUUCCACUGAAACUACACCCUAAGUUUUUUAAGCAGGAAAGCCCAACUAUUCCUUGUAAAAGAAACUGCUCCUUUUCUCACUGUCUAGGAAAGUGUACUUUAAAGAUAUAUAUAUAAAAAACCAGCAGUUAAUCUUUUCCUGGAGCCAGUGCUUGCUACAUCAUGUCCAUUCCUGGUGCUGUCAAUCAUUAUCCAGCCAGCACAUUGUUCAGAAGGUGGAGCUGUCAGGCAGAAAGAAUGAAAGGAAGUGACACUGGGAUUGGACAUGCACUGGCUAAACACCUGGACAGCUUGGGUUUUGUUGUGUUUGCUGGGGUUCUGAACAAGGAUGGCCCUGGAGCUGAGGAGCUGCGGCGCUCCUGCUCCCAGAGGCUCUCUGUCCUGCAGCUGGAUAUCACCAACACCACGCAGGUCAAGGAGGCCUACCUGACAGUCUCAGAGAAGGUGCAAAAUGCAGGACUCUGGGGUGUCGUGAACAACGCAGGAAUCCUGGGCUUCCCUGCUGAUGGGGAGCUGCUCCCCAUGAGCACCUACAGGCACUGCAUGGAGGUGAAUUUCUUUGGGGCUGUGGAGGUGUCCAAGACCUUCUUGCCAUUGCUCCGGAAAUCGCAGGGGAGGCUGGUGAACAUGUCCAGCAUGGCAGGAGGCAUUCCACUACCGAGGUAUGCUGCGUACGGGGCAUCCAAAGCAGCUCUGUCCAUGUUUUCUGGAGUAAUGAGGCAAGAGCUUUCCAAAUGGGGCAUUAAAGUCACGGCAAUUCAUCCAUCAGGCUUCAGAACAGGUAUCGAAGGCACAGCGGAGCAGUGGGACAGACAGGAGAAGGAGCUGAUGGAGAACCUCCCUGCGGACACCAGGCAGGCCUACGGAGAGGAAUAUCUCCUGGGGCUGAGGAAUUACCUCCUCCACCUGCCCUCCCACUGUGCCCCCGACCUGUCCCCAGUGCUGGGCUCUGUCCUGCACGCCCUGCUGGCCAGGAGACCCCAGGGCCUCUACACCCCUGGCAAGGGGGCCUACAUCCCCCUCUGCAUCUUCUGCUGCUUCCCCCUCUGGUUCUACGACUUCUUCAUCAGCAAGGUGCUGAGUGCUGGCUCUGUUCCAAGGCAGCUGAGAACAUCAGGAGAUGAAGGCAAGAACCUCUGAGGUGUCCACUGGUGUUUGUCUCACUGGGUGAGGCAGCUGGGAAGAGCUCUGCACAGACACUGCUGCUUAUUGUGCUGUCUUUGUGAAGUCACAUUAACAUUAAAUCUUUGUGUUAAGAGUCGUGUUUGGGAAAAGCACUAGAUAAACACAAAUAGAAAGCUAUUACCAUUUUGAGGACAUUUUUUGAGGAAUUUCAGUGUUUUUCUGUUGUCUUUGUAUCCUGCUUUCCAUAGAAGGUACCUCAUGAAAUUAUAUAGUUCCUGUCUGCUUCUAAGGGCAUCACCAACAUGCAGAAAGAUGCAGAACAUGUUUUGUUAAAGCAAAACAAAAACUCCUAGAGAGUCACCAACCUUAAAUCUUGUAAAAGGUUAAAUAUAUUCCUGUUGUUGAAAAGACUUAAAACUGGGUAAUCCAAGUCUUGUUUUCUACAU